GGUGCUCCGGAAGCAGUAGCAAUAACUUCCGGGAGGGUCUUGUGUGGCUGGUGUGGGUGCUACGGGGUGCAGUGUGUGUUUGAAAUAGUGGGAACGCCAUGUCCCGUGGUUCCAGCGCCGGUUUUGACCGCCACAUUACUAUCUUCUCUCCCGAGGGCCGACUCUACCAAGUAGAAUAUGCCUUUAAGGCUAUUAACCAGGGUGGACUCACGUCUGUAGCUGUCAGAGGAAAAGACUGUGCGGUAAUUGUCACACAGAAGAAAGUACCUGACAAAUUACUGGAUUCCAGCACCGUGACUCACUUGUUCAAAAUAACUGAAAACAUUGGCUGUGUGAUGACUGGGAUGACAGCUGACAGCAGAUCCCAGGUACAGAGGGCACGCUAUGAAGCAGCUAAUUGGAAAUACAAAUACGGCUAUGAGAUUCCUGUGGACAUGCUAUGUAAAAGAAUUGCUGAUAUUUCUCAAGUCUACACACAGAAUGCUGAAAUGAGACCACUUGGUUGCUGUAUGAUUUUAAUUGGUAUAGACGAAGAACAAGGCCCUCAAGUGUACAAGUGUGAUCCUGCGGGUUACUACUGUGGCUUUAAAGCCACCGCAGCAGGAGUUAAACAAACAGAAUCAACCAGCUUCCUUGAAAAAAAAGUGAAGAAGAAAUUUGAUUGGACAUUUGAACAAACAGUGGAAACUGCGAUUACAUGCCUGUCUACUGUUCUGUCGAUUGAUUUUAAACCUUCAGAAAUUGAAGUUGGAGUAGUUACAGUUGAAAAUCCUAAAUUCAGAAUUCUCUCAGAAGCAGAGAUUGACGCCCAUCUUGUUGCUCUAGCAGAGAGAGACUGAACAUUGUCAUUAGUUUACCAGAUCCAUGAUGCCACUUGCCUGUGUGUUUGGUAACAACAAACCAACAUCAUAGAGGCCCCUGGGUUGAAGAUGGAACCUCCCUCACUCCUCCUGCCACUAAACUGGUUAGGACUCUGUAUAAUUA